AUGGCGGCCGAACCGGACAAGUACAACCUAAACCAAGAACCGGUUGAGUCCACCGCCGCCGCGUCCUCCUCGCCCUCCGCCAAUGGGGCGCCGCGCACUGCGUCCUGCUCCUCGCCCUCCGCCAGUGGGGCGCCCCGCGCCGCGGCAGCCGAUGCCGGAGACGAUGAACUCUCCUCUCGGCCACCUCCCGCUACCCUGCGCGUCGGAAGCUGCACCACCCUGCUGCAAAUCCGCGAGAAGCCCGGAGACGGAGACGGAAGCAGCGGUGGCACGGGCGGGCCGAGCUCCGCGGCGGUGGCGUACCGAAAGGGCAAGAAUCUCGCAAUUUACUCCCCGCCACACCCCUGUUCGAGCUCUGGCAGCAGUUCUUCCUGCGGGGCCGAGGUCGACUCAUCUGUCUCCGGGAACGCAGUUAGUCGAUGGGAGGAUACAGAGAAGCAGAUUAUUGGAAGAAAAGAAAGGAGGAUAACUGGGGCAUAUGUGAAUUGGCAGACGAUUCCAAUGAAUGAAGCGCUUGAGCAUUAUUACAGUGAUCCAGUUGAUCAGUCUAUGUCAGGACAAGGUUAUUUGAAUGUGAUGAACCUUCAGGAGGCCUACUCAGAAUUUAGGCCAGUCCGUGGAGAUGGGGAUUGUUUCUACAGGAGCUUCAUAUUUUCCUACCUUGAGCAAGUUCUUGAUAGGCAGGAUACAAGUGAGGAAGACCGUGUCCUUGAUGCAAUUGAAAGAGUAGCUAGUAGAUAUGCACAUCUGACAUGGACCUCCAGAUUUUCUGUGAGCCGCAAAGACCUAAACACUAUUGGCGUGCCAUCAGUCUUAAACCUUGUGCCUUAACAACCAAUUGUACAUAAUGCACUGUAAUUAUAUGUUUAUGCAGAUCAACGCCACUAAUGAGAAAACAUAAUCUAGAAGAAUAUAAUUAUAU